CAUAUCUCUGGUUAAUUUUGGGGUUUGGCAUUGAAAACAUAAAGAGCAGUUGAAAACAUAGGCCGUGUAAUAAUUACCCCUUUUCGCUUGCUACCUAUUCAAUUGCAAGGUACCUAAAGUCACCAGUAUACCGAAGACCUCCAGUCAAAAACCUAAUUACCCAUCUAAGAAAUCAUUCUCAGUGAUAGAUCAACAACUAAACCGCCAUAACGCCUAAACACAAGCACAAUGAACUUCCACUCCAACCCCCCCGCAGACGUCCCGCCACAACUCUCGGACCUGCACUGCUUCACCGAGACCGAAGGCGUCAUCACAACCACCAUGUUCGACGUGCCGGGGUACCGCGUAGUCAAAGUCCUCGGCGCCGUCUACGGCCUAACAGUCCGAUCGCGGAACUGGGCUGCGAGCAUGGGCAUGGUGAUCAAGAGCAUAGCGGGCGGCGAGCUGCGCUGGUUUACCAGUAUGCUCUACUCGGCGAGGAAUGAUGCAAUUAGUCGAGUCGUGGCCGAGACGAAGGCUCGCGGUGGGAACGCUAUUAUCUGCCUCCGUUUCGAAUCGGGUGAUAUGGGUGGUUUUGCUCAGUGCAGCGCUUAUGGUACCGCGGCUAUUAUCGAGAAGAUCGAUCCUAGUACACAGGUUCCUCCGCAGCUCAUUAAUUAACUUCGAUAUAGGUAUGUUUUAAACUACAUGGGCUGACCCGGCGGAUUAUGUUGGUACAUGGAUCGGUAAUGAGCUUUUAAGGGGGUUUGAAACUACGAUAGCACUAGAAGUUCAAGUGUUGUUUAUGACCGUUAGAUACCACGAAAUUGAUUAUGAGUUUCACUUUUCAAACUGUUGGUAUCUUAGAUAUUAUAGGUAAGGGCUGGUGCGCAUAAAUAUGUUAGCUCAUAAUAGG